AUGACUGCCCAAAAACUUGACAAUUAUUUUUUCCGCCUUGCUUCAAUAGAAGAAAAGGAUCGGUUGGAGAAGUUUGUAUUCGAUAAUCUUGUUGAAAUAUUGAGAUUUUUUGACACAACUGAUACUACUAUCAUCAAAAGUGCUUCUGAAUUGAUAACACAUCUUAAAAAAAGAAUUAGUUAUGAAGGCGAUAUAAAGCUUCCUAUUGUGAAAUUAUUUGAAUUGUUAAAAGAUCAAAAAAAUCCAUACAUUGUCAAUUUGUCAUUAUUCUUCUUACGUACCACAAUAAAGUCAGUUAAUGAUGUAUCCGAAGCUAUCAAUAUAUUUCCAUACCUUUUUAAUGCUAUAUUAUCUCAUCAAUCAAAUAGAAAAUGUUGUGACGAAUUGUUAUUUUUUUCAAUAAAACUAUUUCAUACCAUUGCAACACAAGUAAAACGAACUGAAUACCCAAAAACAGUAAAAGAUUUUAUAGAAAAUGAUCCAAUUUUGAAGAAUGAACUUUUAACUUUUUUUCAACAUUGUCUUGCUUUUCCAAACGAAUCAGAGGACACAGGUAAUAGAAGAAUUCAUUUAAUAGAAGAAGGAGAACAGAUAUAUCCACCAUCAGGUUCAACAAACUCUAUGUAUGUAAAAUUAGCUACUUUUAUCAAAAAUACUGGUGUUGGAAAUUUAAACAUUAAAGUUGGAAUUGUUAAAACAUUAUCUUAUCAUGUAUUUGAGGAGAAAGAAAUAUUUCAUUUAUUAAUAAUGGGAAAAGCUUAUCAAUCAGAUGUAGUAUCAAGUAUAGCAGACUUAGCAUUUAAAACUUUAGAUGUUAAAAGUUGUAUAGAGGAUAAAGAAUGUAUUUCAAAACUAUUUUUACUUUAUCUUGGUGAUAUGAACUCCAAAACACCAGUAGAGAAACGUAUUGGUGGUGCAACAUAUGAAAUGAAGGUAAUUAUAUUGACAAACUUAUUACGCUCAUCAUUAGCUGCAAUUAGUUUCCCAACAAAUGUUUCUGUAGCUUUUGAAAGCCUUUUUAAAGAAAAUACCGACAUCCCUCAAAAAUUACAAUUUCUUUCUAUACAAUUUUUGAAAAAUAUUAUUGAAAGUGCUCCAGAUGCUUUUAUUCCAAACUUUGGAAAAAUAUUUUUAUUAAAACUUAAGAAAUUAAUAACUGAAUGUUACUAUUCAAAUGUUGUCGCAAUUGCUUAUCAAUGUAUGGGUAUCAUAGGAAAAAGAGUUCCAACUUUAGUCGCAAAUGAUAUCCCAUUUAUUCAAGAUACUUUUGAUGCAUUAUCAACUGCCCCAUCUGAUGUUGAAUCAGCAAUAUCUGAUUGCCUUCUUUCUUGGCUUGAAGUUAUUAAAGAUAACUCAACUGACGUAAAUAUUAAUCUUAUUGAAGCUAUUGUUGGUGAAUAUUUAACUCACAAAAAUCCAAUAUGUGUUUUAACUUCUAUUAAAUUUUUCAAAGUUCUUCUUAAAUUUCCAAAAGUCAAUCUUAGAUGGAAAUUAAUUAAGGCAUUUGGAAGUGACAGAUUGGAGAUUAAACAUGAAUGUCAGAGACUUUUAGCUAUGUCUUUAGAUAAUACUAAUGUUAUUCCUGAUAUCAUUGAGUCAAUCGAAUUCUUUUACAAUAAAAUCGAAAAUUUUGAAACUAAAACAAUUACCAAUCAACAGGAACAUUUGAAAAAAGAGAUAUCACCAGAAACAUAUUUAAUGACUAUUAAUUACAUAUUAGGUUUAAUUGUUCUAUCUGAGACUAAUGAUCCAAAUCAUAGUACAUUAUUUUUAAAAAAUUCUGAACCAGAUGAGAAGUUAGAUUCAGUUAUUUUACCUGUAAAAAUGUUUUUAGAAAAAAAUCAAUUAAAACUUAAUGAUAAAGAUUGUUUUACGAAGUUGUGGAAAAUUGGAUUUCAUGCAAUUAAUAGAGAAAACUUUAAAGAUCUUCGUCUUCUUACAAUUCUUGGUAUGAUUUUAGGAUUUGUAAAAGUAGAGAAUUUAGAUGAAAAAUAUAUAAAAAAUUGUCAAACAUUAUUAAGAAAUAAUGCUUUGACAACAAAUAAACAUAGUUUUAAUAAUAUUUGUUCCUAUAUUUACACAUAUUUAUUACCAAUUAAUGAAAAAAAGAAGGUUUAUCAAAGUACACUUAAUGAAUUAAAGAAUGGUAAUUCACCUUCUGAAGGACACAAUUGGAUUUUAAUACAUUUAACUUUUUCAUUAGGAAAAGAUGAGUAUUGUUUAACAUUAAACUACUUUAUUAAAAUACUUAGAUCAUGUUUAGUAUCUCCAUCAAUUCAACUAGAAUCUUGUUUUUGCGCUCUAUCUGACCUUUUAAGAUACUAUCCACUUGUUCAAAAAAAAAUAUUUAUUGAAACAUUAAAAGAAUAUGAAGAAUUGUAUGCUGAAUUUGUUAAAUUGUUAACUCCAAUUUCAAUAUCAAUGAAAGAUACAAUAACAUAUACUUCUAAAGCUGCUGUAGCUCGUUGUUUAGGUUAUCUAUCAACUUCAGAUAUGCCAAUAAAAAUAGUAGACGAUUGCUUUGAUGGUUUAAGAGAAAUUGGAAAAGUUGCAGCGCAACCAGAAUUACAAUUUUCUGUUGGAGAUUCAUUAUUUGAUUGGAUUUUCGGAGAUGUUGCACCAUCACGUUCUAAUAUUUUUGAUUGUAAAAGAAAAUUUAAUGAAAUUAAUCCAAAUAUUGAAGAAACUAAGCGUCGUUUAGUUAAAAGAUUUUUUAAGGAAGUUAUUGUUUUGGCUGGAGGUGAUAAAAAUCGUCAUAUGCGUAGCUCAUCUUACAUAUGGUUAGUAAUAUUUUCACAACUAAUUACUGAUGAUAAUGCAAAAAAUCGUCAAAAUGAUAUUAAAAAUGAAUUGAAAAAAUAUUUAUCAGUAAUUCAACAAACUUUUAUCAAUGGUUUAAAUGAGAAUAAUGAUUUAGUUCAAGAUAUUUGUUCUAAAGGUCUUAGUCAUAUUUUUGGAAUUGCUGAUAAAGAGCAAAAAGAUAAAUUACUUAGUGAAUUAACUGAAUCUUUAGCUUCUGGAAAAACUUCAAUAAUUAAAAUAGAAGAUGAUGAACCAAUAUUUGAAAAUAAUGCAUUAGGAAAAACUCCAGAUGGUAGUAAUUUAACAACUUACAAAGAAAUUUGUUCAUUAGCUACUGAUAUGAAUCAACCUGAUUUAGUAUAUAAAUUUAUGGCACUAGCUUCACACAACGCUCUUUGGAAUUCUAGAAAAGGUGCUGCAUUUGGUGUUUCAGCUAUUUUAGAUCAAUUAGGUGAUAAUGCAUUAAAUGCAUUAGGUGGUUUAAUUCCAAAACUUUAUCGAUACACAUAUGAUCCAGAUCCAAAAGUUCAAUUAUCUAUGAAAUCUAUUUGGAUAAGUUUAACUUCUAAUCAACAAGGUGUUAUUGAUAAAUAUGCUUACAAUAUUCUUAAAGAAAUAGUUCCAACAUUAACAGAUAAAGAAUGGAGAAUGAGAGAAGCUUCAUGUUUUGCACUUGGUGAUUUAUUGUCAUCACAUUGUACUCCUAAAAUGUAUGAAGAAUUUGGUGAAAUACUUUAUAUAUUAUUAAGAGUUCAAGAUGAUAUCAAAGAAUCUGUUAGAAUUUCUGCUGAAAGAUGUUUAAAACAAUAUAAAAGAGCUGUUAUUAAAACAUGUACUAAAAAAGGAGGUGAAAAAAUUAUUUCAAAAGUUUUACCAGUUCUUAUUGAUAAAGGUAUGCAAUCAAAUGUUAAAGCAAAUCGUGGAUUUUCAUUAUCUAUGGUAAUGGAAAUGACUAAAGAAAUUAAAGAUAAAAUUAUACCAUAUCUUCCUAUAGUUAUGUCAUGUUUACUUGAUGCUAUGAGUGAAACAGAACCAUCUGUAAUAAAUUAUAUAGCAACAAGAAGUAAUGCUGAUGAAUUAGAAAUUUUAGAUAAUGUUAGAGCUAGUACAGCUAGAACUUCACCAAUGAUGUCAGCAUUACAUGAUUGUAUACCAAUGAUUGAUGAAAAUAUUAUAAUUGAUAUUUAUCCAUUAUUAAUGGAUAGAAUGAAAAAUUCUAUUGGUUUUGUAACAAGAAGUGCUGCUUGCAAUGUUAUAAUUAAUUUAUCCAUUAGAAGACCAAUAUGUUUUACAAAAAAUAUAAAUAUGACUGAUAAAUUAGUUAAUUCUCUUGCUAUAUCUGGAUUAAAUGAUAGAAAUCCUACAAUAAGAAAUGAAUUUGGACAAGCUAUUUCAUAUAUUUUAAAGUAUUCAUCUGAUUCUCAAUGUUUAAAAAUGAUUAAUAAUUAUAUAAUAAAUCCUUUGAAACGUCAUGGUGAAACAGAAGAUCAUGAUGAAAGUAAAUUAAAAAGUGUUGGACAAUUAUUAAAAAAUAUUAAUGAACAUAGUUGUGAAGAAUUAAAACCUCAUUUACCAAAUAUUGUUCCAUAUGUAUUUUUAAUUAUAUGUAAAGAUUAUCCUAAAGAAGAUUUAGAAGGAAAGACAAUUAAAGAAUUUUGGUUAUCAGUAUGGGAAGAAUUAGUUGCAACAACUGAUUUAGCUUGUAAAGCAUAUUUUAAGGAUAUUCUUACAGUAGCACUAGAAACAUUAAAAAAUAGUUCUGUUUGGAGUGUUAAAGCAUGUGCUGCAGAAAUGCUAGCUAAAGUUGUUGAUGUUAUACAAGAUAAAUUAGAUAUUUCAGCAGCUGGAGAAUUAUUUGAAACAAUAACAUUACUUUUUGCUGGACGUAUAUGGGAUGGAAAAAUAAAAAUGUUUAAACCAUUAAUUGGAAUUAUUCAAAAUAAAGGUGAAGAUUUAAAAAGAUAUUGGAAUGAAGAGAAAAUAACACAACAAUUUGAAUUAAUUUGGAAAGAAUGUAAUAAGAAAAAUAAACUUUAUAAAGCUAAGGCUAUUGAAUUAUGUGGAAUAUAUGUUGAAAAAUUAGAUCGUGAGGAUUAUGCAGAAAAAUUAGUUAAUUAUUUUAAUGAACUUUUUACUUCACAAAAUAAAGAAACAAGUGAUGAUGAAACAGUAGAAGACAAAAGAAAAAAAUAUGAUGAAGAUAUUCAAUUUACAACUCAAUUGUUUGUUGGUUUAUCUCAUGGUCUUUGUGUAGUUUCUGGAGAUAUUCUAUUAAAAGGUAUGUUAAUUUUUACCAAUACUCUUCAAAGUUCCACUAUAUAUGUAAAAAUUAAACAAAGUGCUUUAAAUAAUUUAUGUUAUUUCCUGUUACAUAGAAAUGUUAGAUAUUCUGGUGCUUUAGAUGUAACAAAACUUUUUAUUACAAUAUCUAAAUUGUCUGAUGAAGAUAAUGGAGGUAAUAUAACAGAAUCUUUCUCAUCAGAUUUACGUCGGUCCAUGUGUGCUUUAUUUGAUGGUAAUAUGCUUUACAUAGAUAAAAAUAAUGAUAAUGUUAAAUUAUGGAAAGAUAAUAUGUUAAUGAACAAAAAAAUGACAAAAGAAUUUACUGGACAAAAAGUAGAAAGAACAUUGAAAAAUAUUGAUAAUUGGACAAGUGUACCAAAUAACGCUAUGGUAUUAAUAUAA